GCUUGCAGAAAAGAAAAGGCCUUUGGUCUUCGCGUAUGACGGAGAAGGGCACCAGGUGAGACGACGCCGAGGCGGCGACGGAGUCAGCCGGUGGCCAACCAAAGACCCAUCGGCUCCCCUAUCCGAACCUUUUUGUUCUCUUGUGUUUUGUUUCUCGCAUAAGAUUCUUUGCCGCACGGAGACCUGUAACGAGAAUAACGGCCAGCGCGCCCGCGCGCCUGGCUCUGAUGGUUCCAUGUCGCCCCGGUCGCGCAGCUGCGUGCCUCCCGCUGGUGCUGGUGCUGAUACUUUGCCUCCUCUCGUGCGCCGCCGCUAGGCCUGCGCCGGCGCCGGUGCACGGCCGGCACCAUGGCGAAGGGUGGCACUCGUUCAAGCGGCUGCUGGACGCGCAGCGGGGGACCCGUGUGACGGGGCUCGGCGACCUGAAGCGCUACCUGGCCACGUUCGGGUACAUGCCCAAGCCUGCCGGCGCCGGGGCGGAGCACGGCGGUGGCCCUAUGGACGCCUUCGACGAGCACCUCGAAGCCGCCGUGAAACGGUACCAGUCCCGGCUCAGCCUGCCGGUCACCGGCCGGCUCGACGUCGUGACGCUCGACCAGAUGAUGUCCCCGCGCUGCGGCGUCCAGGACGACCACGGCGCGUCCGUCACGCCAGAGCACGGCGGCGCGGUCAGCCGGUUCACGUUCUUCAAGGGCAAGCCACGGUGGACGCGGCGGUCGGACCCGGACCCGGACCCGGUCUCGCUCACGUACGCCGUGUCGCCGACGGCCACCGUGGGCUACCUGCCGGCCGACGACGUGAGGGCCGUGUUCCGGCGCGCGUUCGAGCGGUGGGCGCGGGUCAUUCCUGUGGCGUUCGUCGAGACGGACGACUACGACAAGGCCGACAUCAAGGUGGGGUUCUACGAGGGCAGCCACGGCGAUGGGGUGCCCUUCGACGGGCCGCUCGGCGUGCUCGGACACGCCUUCUCUCCCAAGAACGGGCGGCUCCACCUCGACGCCGCGGAGCGGUGGGCGCUGGACUUCGCCGGCGAAACUAAAGCCUCGGCGGCCAUCGACCUCGAGUCCGUGGCGACUCACGAGAUCGGCCACGUCCUCGGGCUCGGGCACUCGACUUCGCCGCAAGCCGUCAUGUACCCGAGCAUCAAGCCACUGGAGAAGAAGGCCGACCUCACCGUCGAUGACGUCGAAGGGGUGCAGCUGCUGUACGGGUCCAACCCGGAUUUCAGGCUCAGCUCCCUCUACGACGCGACGGACACCUCCAGCUCGCCGGCGGGGAGCAGUUGGGCUGCUUCCUCGGCUGGGUUAGUUAUUUGUGCGGUCCUGGUCAUACUCGUGACGCACUUGUAGAUAGACAAAGACAUGUUUUUUAUAGGCGAAAAGAUCAGAAUACAGGAAAAACAAGUGUUGGGUAGCGUGAUUCUAUAGAUAGAAGAGAAAGAAGUGUUUCUCUUCUUGUAUAUAGACAGUUAAACGACGACAGCAUGAUGUAACUGUACAUAAUAUAUUCACCAAAAAAUCGAAACUCUACUGUUUGACUA